AUGGCAAACCUCACAACUAACGAAGACCGCCGACGAAAAUCUCGAACCAUCCUCCUCUCAGCCCUCCUCCUCCUCCUCCUCCUCUGGACAAUCAAACUCCGCUAUCCCCAACAAACCAUCAUGGAAUUCUACGGAAACCACACCAUCACCCCCGAAGCCCCCUCACUCGCACACACCACCAUCCCAUUCCUCGAACCCGGAGGAAUCGACAACGUGAGCGGCGGCCGAAAAUGGAAGUCCAAACCCGCAACCACCGACGCCCUCACCAGUCCCGUCUUCAACGGCACUAUCACCAAGAAGGUAGCCGUGAUGGUGGCAACUGGUUUCCGGUCCAACCUCAUCCCUCUCAUCCUGCAUUUUUCAAGUGUUCUUGGACCGAGUUGUCCUAUCAUCAUCUAUACAUCGGUCGAAGAUGUGGGAUUGUUCUCUACCGCUACCGCUUUGGGACGCUACAUACUCUCUGGAACCGUGCAGAUCAAAACGCUUCCUCAAACCGUAUUCCUCAGUGACGAAGACUCGUUUAGUGAGUUUCUCACUAGUAAGUGGAUUUGGGAGGAUCUGGCGCCGGCGGAACACGUGUUUCUCUUUCGCAGUGAUGGCAUGCUUUGCGCGAACGCAGCGAGGAGUGUGGAGGAUUACUUUGAGUAUGAUUUUGUGGGGCACCUGCUGUGGAUGGGAAAGCGGUGGACUACAAUGGUGGACUGAGUUUGCGGAAGAGAAGUACGGUUUUGAAGGUGCUGGAGGGGUGGGAGGAGAAGGCGAGGAAUGAGAAAGAGAAGAAGAAGGGGGUCUUGUUUGAGGAUCAGUGGUUUUUCAACCAGUAUGUCCUUGUUUCCCCCCUCUUCAAUUUAAGAGAACAUCGCUAAUGAUAUCUGCAGUAUCAAAAUGCUGCAAGAGAGGCAAGAAGCUGAAGGUGUCUUGCCCUCGGCAAAGGGUGCUAUUAGCCUUCCCACUGCCGAGGUGGCUAGGACGUUCAGUGAGGGUAAUAUCGAUUAUCCGAAUCCUCUGGGUGUACAUCAGGUUCAUCGUUGGGUGGAGAAAAAGGUGCCUGGGUUGGAUGAGGUGAGGAUUCUUCUCCUUUGCUAUCCCUAUACUGCGCUUGCAUUGCAUACGAUACUCCUAUAAAAACAGUGGUGUCCUGAACAUAGGCUUUGUAGCACUGGGUAGAAGUGUUUAUGGGAUUGGUGAUUGGAGUUCACAAGGGAACUAGCGAGCAAUUGAUAUUUAGACGGGCUUUCUGCAUAUGGGUGGAGUUUUGGAGCGUGGCAUUCUUUUCCGUAGGUAGUUGGAGUUUCUUUGAGAAUUGAUGUGGUGUAUAUCUAGUUUCGAUUUCUUUGGGAGAUGAUGUGGUGUAGAUUUAGUUUCGGUUUCUUUAGGAAUCGAUAUAGUAUUUAUCUAGUUUAGGGUUCUUUUAU